UAAAACCAUGAUAAAUGUAUAUACUCCUCAUUAGCCAAAUCAGAAUCAACCCACAUAACAUUAAACCCCUAAAUCACCCACCAGCCCCCUAACCACACCAAAAUACCCCAAUCCUUCUCUCAAAGCCCCAAAAUCUCCAUUCUACUCCCUCCCCAGUCAACAUCCCCAAAUUCCCUCUUCUCUCCCAAAUCCCUCCAGCCACCCCUUAACCUCAUUCGACUCUAUUCCUCAAAAUCCCACUUGUGCACUAUAAUCGGCUAAAUCCUGAAGAACCCCAAGCUGAAAGAUUCUGGAUUAGUCCUUAAACUCUAGUGAGAUAGAAGAUGAAGAAAACUGAGGGGUAUUUGGGCUAGAGGAGUUAUAGGAGAGAGGACAGAAUUUAAGUGAAGGCUAUUGGAGCAAGUAUAAGUAGUGGUAACGCUGUUUAUAUGGAUACUAUGGUCACGAAUCAGGCGGAUUCUUCCUAUUUUAUCAAUGGAGCACCAAAGGAUUGUCAGAUUUCUGCAAGCAACCAAGUUGUUGGAGUUUACUGUGCGGAGCAAAAGUAUUUGUUCUUUCAUAAAAAGGAUGAAUUCUUCAAUGGAGAUUUAUCCACUCAAAGUAAUUAUCCUAGCUCUUAG